AUGGACGACUCAGUUAGGUCACUCAUCAGAUUUGUCAGUCGAGGAUUCUACAGUAUCCCAUAUGUCCUCAUCCUUGAUGCCGUAUUGCGCCAUUCAGUCCUAUCCGAGGACGACUUGAUACAUCUAAUUGGAAUCAAAAGAAAAGAGUUGCGAUCCUUGUGCAACAGACUAGUCGAAGAUAGACUACUCGUGAGACACGUCCAAAGAGAAGAUAACGGCCAACAGAAAUACAUCACUCGUACCUACUUCUACAUCCACAUCACCGAAGCUAUCGACUCGAUAAAAUGGAAAGUUCACACCCUUGUCAACCUGUUGAAAGAAGAAAUGUCCAAUUACGGAAACCCACAAGGAUACAUGUGUCCACGAUGCGGCAAGAAAAUAUCACAGUUGGACGCCAUAAGCUUAUUAAGUGAGGACAAGACAGAGUUUGUUUGCGAUGUAUGCUCAGGUGUCCUCAUUGAAGACGACUCCUCACAACAAGCAAUUGCAAAACAAGAAAAGUUGGAAGACUUGAUGUCCCAAAUAGACCCCAUCAUCAAAUACCUCAAAAUCAUCGAUGAGAUCCAAUACAAAAUUCAAGACAAUGAUUUCGAAAGCAGUUUACUCCAGGCUAUCCCAGCCCAAUCAGCAUCAACAGCACAAUACACCUUGUCGAACCGUGUCAGCUCCAAAUCAAGAUCAUAUGCACAAUCCUUACAAAACGCUACAGCAAGAUCACAAGCAACAUUGCACGUCUCAAUCACCGCAAACGAUGAGAAUUAUGAACGUGAGCAAUUGGAGAAAGAGCGCAGAAGACAAAAGUUGGAACAAAAUGCAUUACCUUCAUGGCACACUGCAAGUACCGUUGAUAAGCAACAAAGUGUCGAUUAUGUAAAAGAUGAACCAGAAGACAAUGAAGUAGCAGUAGCAGUAGCAGCAGCAGCUGCAGCAGCAGCAGAAGAAGGAGAAGGAGAUAUACAAAAAGACACGACUAUGACUAGCGGCAUCAAGAACGAAGAUGGGACACCUGCUUUACAAAUCAAAAGCGAAAAAGGAGAGGGAAAAAACAACACUACAGAUGCGUCCUCAGUAUUGCCAACUCCAGAACCAACAAAUGGAGGUGCAUCAUCCUCUUCGUUUGGUGCUGGUGUAGCUGGCGGUACAGCUUUAGGAAUUUCGUCAGAAGCCAAGGAUAGAGAAGCUCAAGAUGCAUUGGCAGCUUAUUAUGCUCAAUUGGCACAACAAGAAGAGGAAGAAGAAGACGACGACGACGACGAAGAAGAAGAUGAAGAUGACGAUGAUGAUGAUGACGACAUGGAGGAUGUGGAUAUUAAUAACGACCAGCAUGUCAAUGAACAACAUAAUAAUAAUAACAAUAAUAAUAGUAAUAGUAAUAGCUUAGAGGAUCAAAAUCACCAAAUCAACCAUAACGAGCAAAAUGGACAAAACGAACAAAAUGAACAGAAAAAACAGGAUGCUAAAGUUAAGGCAGAUGAAGAUGAUGGAGAUGAAGAUGACGACGACGACGACGAGGAUGAUUUUGAUGAUUUGAUAUAA